AUGAAUUUUAUUGAUGGAAUCGAAAUGAAUUUGAAUAGCUACCUAGAGGUGCAGAACCUUAAUCAAGCCUCAUAUUUGAAUUAAGAAUCUACAAUGCUCAAAUAAACUCUUUCAGUUGAUAUAACGAGUCUUUAUAGAAACAACUUUUUCGAUGUAUUUGUUUUUGAAAGGAUAGAAGAAGGCAAGGAUAGUCCAGACUUUCUAUGCUAUAAAGAGGCAGUCGAUAAUUAAAUUUGGGAUAAGGACUGUUCGUUUCUGCACUCUAUCACUAACAAGACUACCUAAACAAUACACCGUACCCACCCAAAGGAAUUAACCGUAAUUAUACUUUAUAAAUGCUCAUGUUUAUUUUUAGCCAAGUCAGCAUUCACACUUAUGAUACAGACUAGAACAGAUUUCAAAAACCCAGUCAACAUCAAAUCAAUAGUCAUCAUAGGUAAAUAUUUAGUUUAAAACUUUAAAGAGGGUAUGGUAUGCCUAGUUGUGUUAUUUGCCUGCGGAAUGGCGUUUUAUUUAUGUUUCAAAGUUAAGUAAAGCAGUAAAAGAAUCCAGAAGUAUAAGUAGAUAUUGCAUGAGAACCGAAUGCAGGAUAUUUAGAGAAUGCAAACAACAGAAAAUGAAAACUAUGAAUAAGUAGAUCUGCACACUGACUGA